ACCAAACUCUACCGCAACAAAGCGUUCUCACACAUAAAUGCCUGCCUGGCUGGCUGGUGCCUUCAUCCCGCCUUCUUCUCGCCCUCUUCCUUGCCUUUGCUCUCUUCGCUGUCUUUCUUCUCUCCGCCGCCUUCAUCUGCGCUGUCUUUUCCCUCGCCUCUGUCUGUGUCUUGGCUCUCCUCUGUGCCUUUCCCCUGCUCAGUCGCCUGGGCACCUUCUCCCUUCUGCUCCGCUUCCGACUUCUCUUGCUGCUGCUGCUGCUGCUGGGGCGGCUGCUGCUGCUGUUGUUGCAGCUCCCUCGCCCUCUCUUCGACUUGUUUCCACAGCGGCACCGUCUCGGCGAUUAGCCUUUCAGGGUCGGCGGACGUGAGCCCCUCACGCGGCGUGAUGGGGUAGUUGCGGUCCUCUCCAGACAUGCCGUUGAUGUCCACCAGGUACCAGUCGGAGGCCUCGAAGUCCGGUGGCCGCAUCAUGCUGUCCCAAGACUUCUGAUCAGGGGAAGGGGUGAACGACAAGUGGGGGUUCCUGACAGACAGACAGACAGACAGGCAAUCACACACAGACAGCAGAGGUGGAUGGGUGAGUGGUCUGGCGGUCGGUCAGAGACCCACCUCAGUGUGAGUGACGCCUCAAAUCUCAGCCGAUGUGUCGCUUCACUUGGAUCCGGAGAACCCAACACAACCUGCAUUCACACGCACAAGGGGCCACAAGAGGAUUCAUCAAGCUGCUGCCAUUUAUUCAAACGCACAGGCAGGCCGCCUCACCUUUCUGUCUUUGGUCGCGACAGAGAAGAUCUGGGACACGGUGACCUCACAGUCGACGAGAAGGAGGUUGCCCCUGUCGAGGAUCUCCCGCACGUGUUCGGAACCCAUGCCCUGCCUGGCCUUCUCCACGUCUGACUUUUCCUCCACUAUGUGGUGACCUGAACACUCCACAGACAGGUCGGUCGUCAGGCAGAAUGGUAUGGUGCCGAUCUGAUGUGCUACUCGCUCACCGAAGACGGCGCGUAUCCUUCGAUCGCGCAGGGCUUCGCCACGCUGAGCACCUGGCGAGAUGACGAAUGCGACGCCCAUCGAGAGAUGUGACUGUCGGUGCGCGUGUGUGGUUGUGCCGGCCUUACCCAUGAUGAGAACGACCUUGUCUAGAGUGAUCUUGUGCACCUUGAGGAUCUCAAAAUGCACCUGACACACACACACACACACAGACGGUGAUAAUGGGUCGGUCUGCGGUCUCUCUGCUCACACCUUGAAUUCAUUCUCCUUGACGAUCCGCAGAACCUCCUCGAACGGUCUGCACAGGGUGUUCUCGAGGCAGUCCUGCAAUAAGACGCAUGCACUCAUCGUGAUGUCAGGUCCCUUCCCUCUCCUUCAAAAUUGACACACACCGAGAGGGCGUCAACAUCUGCACUCGACAGCUUGUCCGCCAGGAACCUCAAGGCGCCUUCUGCGCCCCGUGGGAGGUCCUCGUCGAAGGACCGAAAAGUCUGUGGCGCCAUCACCGCCAGCUCCUUCUUGAUCAGAUGGCGCUGCAUCAUCAAGCUAAGGGUCCUGAAAGCAGCAAAAAGAGGAAGAGAGCGGGUCAUUCAACGCAGUGCCCAUGCUGACGUGAUCAGAUCUUGACUUACUUGAGCCAUCCUCGUGGCGUGACACUCAUUCCCGCUGCGAGAGCUCGGAGCGGCUCCACACUCGUGGCGGCGGAGCAGAAAAACCGCCUCGCCGGCAAGCAUGCCCUCAUUCGCUUCAUUUUCGAGUGUCAUCAACGCAAACCGCCAGCGUAGGCAUUGUUCAUGCUGAUGAAUGCAAGGCGGCAAAGAUUUCC